AUGCCCAUAACACAAAGGCUUCUUCGGCGAGAGAUCCGCUACGAAUCUGCCAAGGAAGAGGAGACAAACAUUCUUCAUCAACUAGGAUACUAUGAUAAGCGAACUGAAUUCUUUUCUCAUCUCCACAAUCAUCAGGGCUGGAUGCAAAAAACUGUCGCGCACCACUUGAACCUAAACUCCUCCGAUCUGUGUCAUGUAUCAGAUAUUGAGGACUGGUUACAUGGGAGCUUCAACGUCUGCGUUCCGGUUACCAUCCGCCCCAAGGGUAUCAAGGUGAUUCUUCGACUCCCGCUCCCCUAUCGAGUCGGUGAGGAUUUUAGGCCGGGAAAUGGAGAUGAAAAAGUUCGAUGUGAAGCAGGGAGCUAUGCAUGGCUACAGGCGAACUGUCCAGAAGUGCCGAUUCCAGAACUCUAUGGGUUUGCCCUCUCAACUGUUCACUUGCCUGGAAAACCUGCCGCUCCUACAUCGGUGGUUUCAUUCUAUUCGGCGUCUGGCUUGCGCAUCAGCCAGACCCCAGUCCCCAGGAUCGGCUCUUUCAUCAUCGACCUUGGGGACUGUGUGUUCCAGCUCGCUUCCCUCGCCGGGAUGCGGACCGUCUCCAAAUCAAUCUUCCAGAAAGGCCUUCGACGCGGGCCAUUUGUGUUCUCGCUGACUGAUCUCCACCAGAGCAACAUCUUCGUGGAUGCGGACUGGAAUGUGAAGUGCCUGGUGGAUUUGGAGUGGGCUUGCGCUUUGCUGGUGGAGAUGGUUCGGCCUCCCUAUUUGCUCACCAAUGUGGGUGUCGAUGAGCUGGUGGCCUCUGGGUACGAUCCGGUGCGUACAGAGUUCAUGGACGCUCUGGCUGUCGAGGAGGAAGCAGUCGCGGUGACGGCUGGACAUAGCAGCAACUCGCCCCCGCUACUCUCCGAUAUCAUGCAAAAAUCCUGGGCGACGGGAACGUUCUGGUAUACGCUCGCUCUCUCCAGUCCAUCGGGUCUCUUCAUGAUACUCAAACAGCAUGUGCGACCACGUUUUUGCAAAGAUCAGGUUGAGGAGUUCAAUACGGUUAUGCCAUUUCUAUGGGACUGGGACAUAGGACGCAUCGCAGCUGAAAAGCUGUCUGAUAAAAAGGAGUACGACAGACAUCUUCAACAAGCGUUCGAGGCCGAGUCCCAGGCAUGA